CUCCCAAAGUGCUGGGAUUACAAGGGUGAACAACCACGCCUGGCCCCCUGUAAAUGUAUAUCCAUCCACCUGGAGGAGACAGACUCCAAGUCUGUCCCUCUCUUCUCAUUCCCCUCCCCUCCCUUCCCCUCCCCUCUCCUCUUAGUCCUACCUCCUGGCCCUCCCCUUUUCCCUUUUCUCCCUCCUAUAACACACACACACACACACACACACACACCCAACACAAUGGCUGGGUGGGGCUGAGGAACUGGCUUCCUCCGCAGAGAUCUCAAUCUGGCCCUGAGUGCCCGCCCCAGAAACACAGGAACAGACACUUGGAGACUUCAGCCCCUCAUUCCUUGUUCCAAGGGGCAGACAGGACAGGCUGAAAUAGCAACUGAUUCCAAAAAAUAAAGCUUUUCCCUGGAUCCCGUUAAUCUCUGAGACCCUGGAUACCUCUGUCUACCGGAGCCCUGGGUGAUGGGAUGACUCCAGCAGAACGCCCCACUCCUUUGAAGAGUGCAGAGGAAGAUGUCAAUGCAGUCCCUUCCUGCAGCGACACCCCCUACGCAGAAGCCCCCUCGGAUUAUCCGCCCCCGCCCUCCUUCUCGUUCCAGGGCUGCCCAGUCCCCAGGGCCUCCUCACAAUGGCUCCUCUCCACAAGAACUUCCCCAAACCUCCAAAGUUGCACCAACCCCAAUGUGCACCCCCAUUUUUUGGGAGCCCCCAGCCGCAUCCCUCAAGCCCCCUGCUCUUUUGCCUCCCUCAGCUUCUAGGGCCAGCCUUGACUCCCAGACUUCCCCAGACUCACCUUCUAGCACCCCCACACCCAGCCCAGUGUCCCGGCGCUCCGCCUCCCCUGAAUCUGCCCCCCGGUCCCCAGUUCCCCCACUCAAGCCCUCUGGGUCACCCCGCAUGCCCCUACUCCCCAUGGCGGGGGUCCCGGCCCAGAAUGGCUCUGCCUCAGCCCCUGGCACUGUGCGGAGGCUGGCUGGCAGGUUUGAAGGAGGUGCUGAAGGCAAGGCUCAGGCUGCAGAUGCCCUGGAGCCGGGUCUUCAAGUGGGAGCAGAUGUGAAUGGGGAGAGAGAGGGUCCCCUCACUGGGAGCGGGUCCCAGGAGAACAGUGCUCCAGAUGCUGGCCUGGCCUGCCCUCCUUGCUGCCCCUGUGUCUGUCAUGCCACCCGGCCUGGCCUGGAGCUCAGAUGGGUGCCUGUGGGGGGCUAUGAGGAGGUUCCCAGGGCCCCCCGCCGGGCAUCCCCACUACGGACCUCUCGCUCCCGCCCCAACCCUCCAAGUGUUGGUCACCCAGCUGUGGUCCUCACAUCCUACCGUUCCACUGCCGAGCGCAAACUCCUGCCACCUCUCAAGCCUCCCAAGCCAACUCGUGUCAGGCAGGACGCCACCAUUUCUGGGGACCUCCCACAGCCAGAUCUCGAUCUGCCUUCUGAAGAUGGAAUCCAAACAGGAGACAGUCCUGAUGAAGCUCCUGGGAACACUCCUCCAGCACCUGUGGAGGGGAGAGAAGAGGAGGGGCUAGAGGUGCUGAAGGAGCAGAAUUGGGAGCUGCCCCUGCAGGAUGAACCUCUGUACCAGACCUACCGAGCAGCCGUGCUGUCAGAGGAGCUGUGGGGGGUCGGUGAGGAUGGGAGUCCUUCUCCAGCAAAUGCUGGAGAUGCACCCACCUUCCCACGACCCCCUGGACCUCGUAACACCCUGUGGCAGGAGCUUCCGGCUGUGCAAGCCAGCGGCCUUCUGGAUACCCUCAGCCCCCAGGAGAGGCGCAUGCAGGAGAGUCUUUUCGAGGUGGUGACAUCGGAGGCUUCCUACCUGCGCUCCCUGCGGCUGCUGACCGACACUUUCGUGCUAAGCCAGGCACUCCGGGACACGCUCACCCCGCGUGAUCACCACACACUCUUCUCCAACGUGCAGCGAGUCCAGGGAGUCAGCGAGCGGUUUCUAACGACGUUACUGUCCCGUGUGCGCUCUUCCCCGCACAUCAGCGACCUGUGUGAUGUGGUGCAUGCCCAUGCCGUGGGGCCUUUCUCGGUGUAUGUGGAUUACGUGCGGAACCAGCAGUAUCAGGAGGAGACCUACAGCCGCCUCAUGGACACCAACGUGCGCUUCUCCGCGGAGCUGCGCCGGCUGCAGAGCCUCCCGAAGUGUGAACGGCUCCCGCUGCCGUCCUUCCUGCUACUGCCCUUCCAGCGCAUUACCCGGCUUCGCAUGCUGCUGCAGAAUAUCCUGCGCCAGACAGAAGAGGGGUCCAGCCGCCAGGAGAAUGCCCAGAGGGCCCUGGGUGCUGUCAGCAAGAUCAUCGAGCGUUGCAGCGCUGAGGUGGGGCGCAUGAAGCAGACUGAAGAGCUGAUCCGGCUCACCCAAAGGCUGCGCUUCCACAAAGUCAAGGCCCUGCCCCUGGUCUCCUGGUCACGGCGCCUGGAGUUCCAGGGAGAGCUGACGGAGUUAGGGUGCCGGAGGGGGGGCGUGCUCUUUGCCUCGCGCCCCCGCUUCACCCCUCUUUGCCUGCUGCUCUUUAGCGACCUGCUGCUCAUCACUCAGCCUAAGAGUGGGCAGCGGCUACAGGUUCUGGACUAUGCCCAUCGCUCCCUGGUCCAGGCCCAGCAGGUUCCGGAUCCAUCUGGACCCCCUACCUUCCGCCUCUCCCUUCUCAGCAACCACCAGGGCCGCCCCACCCACCGGCUACUCCAAGCUUCUUCCCUAUCAGACAUGCAGCGCUGGCUAGGAGCCUUCCCAACCCCAGGCCCCCUUCCCUGCUCCCCGGACACCAUCUAUGAGGACUCUGACUGUUCCCAGGAACUGUGUUCAGAGCCAUCUGUACCUGCCAAGACUGAAGGACGGAGUCUGGAGUCCAGGGCUACCCCCAAGCACCUGCACAAGACCCCUGAAGGUUGGCUGAAGGGGCUUCCUGGGGCCUUCCCUGCCCAGCUGGUGUGUGAAGUCACAGGAGAACACGAAAGGAGGAGGCACCUGCGCCAGCACCAGAGGCUUCUCGAGGCUGUUGGGCCUUCUUCAGGCACCCCCAGUACUCCCCCACCCUAAUGCAGGCUAAAGAGGGGGCACAGGUUGGGAGACACCUACCAGUGUGGCAAGGAGAGGACAAAGCCCAUUCAUCCAUUGGAUUCACAGUCAGUGGAGAUACUACAUCUUGUGGCAACCAACAGAGAUCGAGCUUUAGGAUAGGGCAGCCAAUGCAAACGGCCGCCGGAGCCCACAGCAAUAUGAAUGAGGAUGCCUUGAUUGUGUGGCCAAUGGAGACACAGGCUUAGUGCUGAGCAGCCAAGGGUACUGAGCUGGCUGAGCCUAUGGUCAAUGAGUAUUCCUGCUAUGCUCAGGACCAAGGAAGGCAAAUCUAGGUCAUGGCAGUUAAAAAAGGGCCUCAUUGGAGAUAAAGCCCCAGGAUAAAAUUGAAAACAGAAAUAAGCAGGAACCCAACCGGUCAAAGAAAACAGUGAUCUGGGCUCAAGAGACCAGUAGUCACCCUGCUUUGUUCUGCAGCAAUGACUGGUCCUGUCUUUUGAGUCCGGGAAAUACUAGUUUCCAUUCCUGGGUGCUUCCUGUGCCUUCUCAAGCCAGUUCUUCUCUUCCAGAAGAAUUCAGAGUGUGUGUCUCAGAACAUCUGUGUGUGUGCACGUGCAUGUGUAGAUAUGUGUGUAUAUGCGACAGGGAAGGCAUUCUGCUGAACAUGGUUUGUAUGUGGUGAUUGUACUCCUCUCCCUCCUGCAAAUAACUAGAGCUCCAUUUCUUCCUUUACCUCCCAUUUUUCCUGUUACUUGCUCCAAGAAAGAGGCUAAGUCUGAGCUUCAGAACCACACUAAAUCCCGCAUCUAGGUAAAGAAACGGGAGCUGUGGAUCACAGGCCAGCCAGUGAACCCCAUGGGCUUUCUUGCCUUUGUCCUGAUCCUCUUAUAGAAACACUGGGCCAAACAGUGGGGAGAGAUGGGAGAGCAGUGUGGCUGUCCAACCCCAUCCAGAGAAUCUGCUUCCGGAUGAGCAAAUGCCUCCAAUGAUACCAGAGGAGGUGAGGGACAGAGACAGCAAGGCAGACAGUGGCUGGCAGGGGGACCCAGGCCCGCAGCUCCCCUUCAGCUCAGGCACAGCAACUUGCCCAGGACAAACAAUGUCAUGUUGACUGCAGGAGGCGCAGGGAUUCAGGGAGACUCAGAGGGAGAAGAGCACUGGCAUUUGGCGUGCCCAUGAUGUUGGAGACUCCCCUAGCAUGGUGCCUGACAUGUGGCAAUCCCUCAAUAAAUCGUGGUGCAUUUGUACUGAG